AUGGACAGUGAAAGCAAGGACUGGGAGCUGGAGGAGGGCCUCCCUCAAUUUGAGGACCCAUUUAUUCAGCAGUAUCUGAACGGCCGCGAUGCAUUGAUCGCCGAAGAGCAAAAGAGACGCCAUGAUGCGACAUUUCGUAAAUCCUUAUCACCCAUCGCCGCCCGAGCCUGCAAGAUCGUCUCGCAGAUCCGGGCCCGCGAACAAAAUGAAGUCUGGACCACGGGCAUGGACGCGGCGACCGCCCACCAGGCUGAUGAGAUCCUGUACCCCGGAGUGAUGUUUCACCAUGCCAAGGGACGCAUGGAGAAGACGAAUCUAUGGAAAAUUGUCGAGAAAAUGCCCAAAGGGGCGCUGUUGCAUGCUCACAUGGAUGCCAUGUUCGAUAUUGACUUCCUGAUUGACCUGGCCUUCUCCACGCCAGGAAUUCACAUAUCCGCCCCAAUUCCAUUGCUGACCCAGCAAGACUACGAGUCCGCUCAUGUCGCAUUUCAAUUCUCCUCCCAGUCUGCUGCGGAUGCGGCCCAAAAACCUGGGCUCUGGUCGGAAGAGUACCAACCUUCCUCGUUGAUCCCCAUCCAUACAGCAGCAGCCUCGUUUCCGAAGGGCGGGGAGAAGGGAUUUCGUGAAUGGCUGCGCAGUCGGUGCAUGCUCAUGCCAGAGCACUCGUAUCACCACCAUCAUGGCGUCGAUGCGAUCUGGGCGAUCUUCACCACAACCUUCCCUGUGAUCAACUCCAUUCUGAUGUAUGAGCCGAUCUUCCGAGCCUGCUUUCGGCGGCUGAUGGGACAGCUGGCUAAAGAUGGAAUUCGGUACGUCGAAUUUCGAGUUGCUUUCGUGUUUCAGUAUAGAAAGGAAGGGAGCGAUAAGCCAGAGGAUGGUUAUGAGGAAUGGUUCCGAGUAUUUGAAGAGGAAAUAGACCGGUUUAAGGAGACCGAGGAAGGUAAGAGGUUCUACGAGGCACGAAUCAUUUGGUGUGGCCUGCGGCGCUUGUCCAACAAGGUUCUCGUGGAUUCUAUGAAGGAUUGUAUCGACAUUAAGCAUGCCUUCCCCGACUCGGUCUGUGGCUUUGAUCUGGUCGGGCAGGAGGACCUGGGGAGACCGCUGGUCGACCUUGUUCCAUUGCUGUUUUGGUUCCGAAAACGCUGCGCGGAGGAGGGAGUUGAUAUCCCAUUCUUUUUCCAUGCAGGCGAAUGUUUGGGCGACGGUGAUGCUACCGACCAAAAUCUCUUCGAUGCAAUCUUACUGGGGACCCGACGGAUUGGCCACGGCUUUUCUCUCUACAAACACCCUCUACUGAUUGAUCUGGUCAAGGAGAAGAAGAUCAUGGUCGAGUGCUGCCCGAUCUCAAAUGAGAUUCUUCGCCUAACCAGCUCCAUCAAGUCGCACCCCCUACCAGCCUUAUUGUCUCGUGGUGUUCCUGUGUCGCUCUGCAACGACGACCCUGCCAUCCUGGGCCACGGAAAAAACGGCCUGACUCAUGACUUCUGGCAGGCCCUUCAGGGUCUUCAGAAUGUGGAUUUGGCCGGUCUCGCGAUGAUGGUUCAAAAUUCGCUGCGGUGGAGCUGCUUCGAGGACCAACCGACCCCCGAGUGGAAACAAGACGUCGAGGCCGGAAUCCUCGGCGAAGGCUUGAAGGCAGCUCGCCUUCGGGAAUGGCAUACGGAUUGGGAAAAGUUUUGCGAAUGGAUUGUCUUGGAAUUUGCAGAGUUCGAUGACGAGGACGACUAG